AUGUCCGACGAAGAACUGAAGCUGCUAGUGCACAAGCGCGGACAAGUGAAAUCAAAAGUGACGCGCAUCAGGAAUUCAUUGAAAGCGGCCGAAGAUGAUCCUACGACGACAAGCUUGGCUCAGCUCCGAGUUUUUGCCAGAAGCCUUGAAAUCCAUUACCGCGAGUACAAUGAAAUCCACGAUGCGUUAAUCAGUGCCUGUCCUGCGAAUCAGAGAGAUCCCCAGGAGAAAAAAUACGAAGAAUUUGAAGUGUUGUUCAACGAAACCAGCUUGGUGAUCGAGUCGCUGAAGGAUGCAAAGGCGCCCGAACCGAUUGGUGCAGCCGCUCAGCCGGCAGCGGUGCAGCCACAAAUCGUGCAACAACAAGCCCUCAAAGCUCCACUACCCACUUUCGAUGGAAAGUACGAACAUUGGCCUCGCUUUAAGGCAAUGUUCCAAGACAUCAUGGGAAGAUCACCGGACUGUGACGCUAUAAAGCUUUACCAUUUGGAAAAGUCACUAGUCGGUGCUGCCACCGGAGUUAUUGAUUCCCAAACGAUCCAGGACAACAACUACGCUCAGGCUUGGGCGAUCCUGGAAGAACGUUACGAGAACAAGCGUUUGAUAGUAGAUCUGCACAUCCGGGGUCUACUGAAUCUCAAACGCAUGACUCGAAAAUCGUCGAAAGAGCUUCGCCAGCUACUUGAUGACUGCUGCCGGCACGUCGAGAAUCUGAAGUUUCUGGGGCAGGAGCUUGAAGGAGUAUCCGAGUUGUUCGUCGUCAACGUUCUAACCGCCGCCUUGGAUAAGGAAACACGUGAGUAUUGGGAAUCAAAGUUGGACCACGGAGAGCUACCAACGUAUGAUGACACCGUAGAGUGCUUGAAGAAUCGGUGUCUUGUCCUUGAGAGAUGCGAGACGGCCAACCCUCCUCCACCGGUGACGAAGUCCGCUUCAGGUUUCCAAAAGCUAUCUUCCCAAAAGGUGGCAAACGCAGUCACGUCACCGACCGCUGUGACCUGUGAAUUGUGCAGUGGACAACACCCUAACUUCAAGUGUUCCGCUUUCCGCAACAUGACGGUUGCCCAGCGGAUAGCAAAGGUGAAAGAGAUGAAAGUUUGCUACAAUUGCCUUCGGAAGGGGCACCGAAGCAGCACCUGCUCGUCCGAGAAGACGUGCUCGAAAUGUGGGCAAAGACACAACAGCCUGCUGCAUCUUGAUGAUCCAGAUGUUCCAGAGCAGCCUGAGCCGCAGAAGCAAUCUGCACCUCCGGCAAGCGUCAACGUCGUCGCGGAAGCGAGUCCUGAACCGGUAUCAACUACAAGCGCAUUGGUGAGUCACGUAUCCAGUACUCGGAAAUCUCGUUCAUCCCCGAAGGAAGUCUUGCUGCUUACGGCCUUGGUAAGUCUUGUCGACGAAAGCGGCCGAGCCCAUCCUUGCCGUGCACUACUCGACUGUGCAUCGCAAGUCUGCCUUAUUUCCAACGAUAUGGUCCAGAAACUCGGUAAGCGUCCACGACCAACCAAUACCGAGGUGGUUGGAGUAACAGGUAGGAAAAGCGCCAGUCAAGAGGUUGUCGUUUCUGUUGUUUCCAACUACGGUGAGUACAAGGUUGACAUUCCGUGCCUUGUCAUGCCUCAGGUGAGUGGAACCAUUCCUACCAGAAAAAUUGAAAUUAAAAGGUGGCAAAUACCAGCCAACGUGGCGUUGGCGGACCCAGAAUUCCAUACCCCGAAACGUAUAGAUCUCCUCAUCGGAAAUGAGUUUUUCUUCUCCCUUCUCAAAUCUGGUCAAAUGAAACUUUCCGAUGAUUUGCCUCUGCUCCAGGAAACUGUCUUUGGGUGGGUUAUCGCUGGACCAGUUGAUGUCCCAGAUCAAAAGGUUGUUUUUUCCCAUGUUGUGACGGAAGAAGAUACAUCUGAUCUAAUCGAAAAGUUUUGGGCUGUUGAAGAAGUUGUCGGAUCGUUCCCAUCCACCACCGAAGAGCAGCAAGUUGAGGAUCACUUCGUGGAUACUCAUCACCGAGACGAGACAGGCCGUUUCGUGGUUCGGCUACCGUUCCGUGAGACAGUGGCUGAGCUCGGUGAUAAUCGAGCAUUGGCGCUGAAAAGGUUUUUCCUGCUUGAGCGAAGAUUGCAACGUCAUCCGGAUACAAAACAGCAGUACGAGGACUUUAUUACCGAGUAUGAGGCACUCGGCCAUUGUCAUGAGGUGUUCGAGGCAGCCGAUCCAGUGGGAGUUCAACGGUAUUACCUGCCGCACCAUGCGGUCAUGAAGUUAGCCAGUUCCAGCACUAAACUCCGUGUGGUAUUCGAUGCCACGGCGAGAUCUUCCGGUCCUUCGUUGAAUGAUGUACUCCAAGUUGGCCCUACCAUCCAAAAUGACCUGUUCUCCAUUCUACUACAAUUCCGUCGGCAUCGCUUCGCCUUUUCGGCCGAUAUAACAAAAAUGUACAGGCAAGUAGUAGUGGACGAGCGGGAUACUCGUUUCCAACGCAUAUUCUGGAGGAAGCAGCCGACUGAUCCACUGCGUGUUCUGGAACUCAACACCGUUACCUACGGAACUGCUUCAGCUCCAUUCUUGGCUACAAGAUCGUUAGUCCAGCUAGCAAGGGAUGAAAAGUCCGAAUAUCCUGCCGCAGCCGAGGUGGUUUGUGAGGACUUCUAUAUUGAUGACGUGCUCACAGGAGCAAAUACAGUGGCCGAAGCCGUUCGUCUAAGAAUGGACCUUCAGGAGAUGCUCGCCAAAGGGGGCUUUAACAUUCGAAAAUGGUGCUCCAAUUCUGAUGCAGUUCUGGAAAACGUCCCUGAAGAAGAAAAGGAGAAGCUAGUGAAGAUCGACGAUUCAGAGAACAUCGUGCGUACACUCGGCUUACUGUGGGAUCCUAACAACGAUCAUUUCCGCUUUGUCGUUCCGUCCACCGAGGAUAUGUUGCAACCGGUCACCAAGAGAUUUGUCCUCUCUCGUAUUUCAAGGUUGUUUGAUCCGCUCGGCUUCGUAUCGCCAGUGGUCCUACUGGCCAAACUAUUGAUGCAGGCACUUUGGGUUCGAAAGUUGGAGUGGGAUGAGCCGAUUCCAUGCGAUCUGCUUGCUCAAUGGUUGAAAUUAAGUAAUUCGUUGACGUCCCUUAACCAAGCCAAAAUUCCGAGAUGUGUGAUCCCUGAAGAAUGUGAAACGUUUGAAAUUCAUGGGUUCGCAGACGCUUCCUCGUCUGCGUACGGGGCCUGUUUGUAUCUUCGAGCUGUGAAGGAAAACGGUGAUACAUGUUGUAAUCUUUUGACCAGCAAGUCGCGGGUUGCACCGCUGACCGAAAUGACCAUACCUCGCAAAGAACUGUGUGCUGCACUCUUGUUGUCACGUCUCUUGGUGAAAGUUUUGUCCGCCUUUAAGCUUCCUAUGUCCAAGGUUGUCUUGUGGUCCGACAGCCAGAUUGUGCUCUCGUGGUUGAAAAAAGCACCGUCACGCCUGGAUAUUUUUGUGCGCAACCGCGUGGCAGAAAUCAAUCGAAAUACCCACCAGUAUCCAUGGGAAUACGUACGGUCUGCCGAUAAUCCCGCUGACGUCGUUUCACGGGGACAAAUGCCUGAAGCCUUGAACAACAACAGCUUGUGGUGGUUUGGACCAGAUUUCUUGAACCAGCCCCAUUAUGAGCCUGCAGCAGUUGAAGAGAUUCCUGAUUGUGAAAUGCCAGAGAUGAAGGCUGAAGUGAUUGUCAACCUGGCAACGAUCGAGCUACUGCCAGUCUUCACAUCCUAUGGAUCGUUCCGAAAGCUGCAACGGAUUGUUGCGUUGGUUAUGCGUUUCAUCAACAACACCAGGACGAAGGUUGCGGCUAAUCGCUGCCUGUCGCGUUCGAUUUCAGUUGCAGAAAUGAGGGCAUCUCUAAUCACCAUCGUACGAGUCAUCCAGCACACUGAGCUACCCGAUGAGGUUCGCAGCCAGGACGCGGCUACUUCUUCCAAAAAGCUUGCUCGUCUCUGCCCUGUUUUGGAUGAAGUCGACGGUGUUCUCAGAGUAGGGGGACGUCUGGAGAAGUCUGCUCUACCAUUCGAUGCGAAGCACCAGUUGAUACUUCCGGAUCACCAUCCUGUUACAAAGCUCUUGAUUCGAGCACUGCACGAGGAGAACAUGCAUGCAGGUCCAUCGAAUCUUUUGGCCAUACUUCGGCGAAAGUUUUGGCUACUGAGAGCACGAUCAACUGUCCGAGGGGUUAUCAGGUCAUGCGUGUCCUGCUUCAGAGCUUGCCCUCGAAAGGUGGAACAAUUGAUGGGCAACCUUCCUGAUUUCCGAGUGAAUCCUGCCAUGCCUUUUGAAUACACGGGAGUGGACUACGCCGGACCUGUAAUGGUUAAGGAAGGAAAGUAUCGACCAAAAAAGAUCAAAGGAUAUAUUGCAGUCUUUGUUUGCCUGGUUACGAAAAAUGUCCACUUGGAGUUGGUAUCCAGCCUCACAACCGAGGCGUUUCUUGCUGCGCUUGACCGUUUUGUUAAUCAUCAUGGGUUGGUAAAGAGAAUCCUGUCAGAUAACGCCACAAAUUUCACCGGGGCUUCCAACGAGCUGCAUGCUCUAUAUCGGCAAUUUCGUGAUGAAGUGACGGUGUCUAAAAUCAACGAUUUCCUGCUUCCACGGGAGAUUGAAUGGCGUUUUAUACCCCCAAGGGCUCCAAACUUUGCAGGGUUGAUGGAAGCUGGUGUGAAAAGCGUGAAGACCCACCUCAAGCGUACCUUGCGGAAUACCUCCCUGAACUUCGAAGAGUUUGCUACAGUGCUGUCGCAUGUGCAGGCUAUUUUGAACUCCAGGCCUCUAUACGCACUGUCGGAAGAUCCCAACGAGCCAAUGCCAAUAACACCUGCGCAUCUUCAACUGGGCCGACCAAUGCAUCCAGUUCCAAGGCCAUCGUACUUGAACACCAAGGAGUACAAAUUGUCGCGCUGGGAAUACUUGACGCUGCUACGGGACCAUUUCUGGAAAAGGUGGUCCAGGGAAUAUCUUUCAACGCUUCAAUGCAGAGGGAAGUGGACCAAAUCUACCGGAAACAUCGUACCUGGAAUGAUAGUUUUGGUCAUUGAAGACAAUCUGCCGCCACUUGCCUGGAAGUAUGGGAAGGUGGUGAAAACAUACCCUGGAGAAGAUUCGCUGGUUAGAGUGGUCGACGUGAAAACCGCCUCCGGGAUUUUCAAGCGGUCCAUCUGUAAGCUGGCUCCUCUUCCUAUCAAGGAUAAUGAUGAUCUUCAACGGGGUGAUUCGUCCAUCGGGGUUGCUUCUGCUUCAGGUUCGAAUUUGGAUUCGCCAGUUUCGCUGGGUGGUACGUCUGCUCUUGAAGUUUGA